CUGGGAAGAGUAGUUCGUCCGGGGAUCUACCCGUCUCGCCCGCUCGGCAGAAGCUGCUCCUGCGGCUAGACCCCAGGGUCGUGUGAGGGUGAGCUAAGGGCUGAGAAAGGGCGUGAAGGGAAACAGUGAGUCAGCCGGGGACUACGCGAUAAAGGCAGACGGCUCCGCCCCGAAGGCCCAGCUGAGUAAUUGCGGCCGCGAGCCGAGUCUGUUCUGGGACGCCGCUGAGUCGGCGUCGGCGAGGGAGGCGUGAGGAGGAGCCGGGCGUCUGCAGCCGUUCUCGCUCUCGGCGCCCCGCCGCCAUCUCCACCAUGCAAUCCCGGGAAGACGCCCCGCGCUCUCGCCGCCUCGCCAGCCCCCGCGGCGGGAGGCGGCCCAAAAGGAUUUCCAAGCCCUCGGUGUCGGCCUUUUUCACGGGCCCGGAGGAAUUAAAGGACGCGGCCCAUUCCGCAGCCCUCCUGGCACAGCUCAAGUCUUUCUACGACGCGCGGCUGCUGUGCGAUGUGACCAUCGAGGUGGUGACGCCUGGCAGCGGGCCGGGCACGGGGCGCCUCUUCUCGUGCAACCGCAACGUGCUGGCGGCCGCUUGCCCCUACUUCAAGAGCAUGUUCACGGGGGGCAUGUACGAGAGCCAGCAGGCCAGCGUGACGAUCCACGACGUGGAUGCCGAGUCCUUCGAGGUCUUGGUGGACUACUGCUACACCGGUCGCGUGUCGCUCAGCGAGGCCAACGUGCAGCGCCUGUACGCGGCCUCGGAUAUGCUGCAGCUGGAGUACGUGCGCGAAGCCUGUGCCUCCUUCCUGGCUCGCCGCCUUGACCUGACCAACUGCACUGCCAUCCUCAAGUUUGCUGAUGCCUUUGACCACCACCAGCUGCGAUCUCAGGCCCAGUCCUUCAUAGCUCACAACUUCAAGCAGCUCAGCAGGAUGGGGUCCAUUCGGGAGGAGACGCUGGCAGAUCUGACCCUGGCCCAGCUGCUGGCGGUCCUGCGUCUGGACAGCUUGGAUGUAGAGAGUGAGAGGACUGUGUGUCAUGUGGCGGUGCAGUGGCUGGAGGCUGCUCCGAAAGAGCGGGGUCCCAGUGCUGGGGAAGUCUUUAAGUGUAUUCGUUGGGCGCAUUUUCCUGCAGAAGAGCAGGACUACCUGGCAGGGCUACUGAGCAAGCCUAUUGUGAAGAAAUACUGCCUGGACAUUAUUGAAGGGGCCCUCCUGCAGCUGCGAUUUGGUGAUAGGUUGUAUAAGUCAGUGGUUGCCAAGCCAAAUAGCAGCCACAGCAGUGAUAGCAAUAAUAGCAGCAAUAGCAGCAGCAGCAGUAGCUCAGUUGUAUCGGUAGCAGAAAACCCACCCCAAAGGUUGGGUAUGUGUGCCAAAGAGAUGGUAAUAUUUUUUGGACACCCCCGAGAUCCAUUUCUCUGUUACGACCCUUAUUCCGGAGAUAUUUACACAAUGCCGUCUCCUUUGACUAGCUUGGCACACACUAAGACCAUUACAUCUUCAGCUGUUUGUGUGUCUCCAGACCAUGACAUCUAUCUUGCUGCCCAGCCCAGGAAAGACCUAUGGGUGUAUAAACCAGCCCAAAAUAGUUGGCAUCAGCUGGCAGAUCGCUUGCUGUGUCGAGAGGGUAUGGAUGUAGCCUAUCUGAAUGGCUACAUUUACAUCUUGGGUGGGAGAGACCCGAUUACUGGAGUUAAAUUGAAGGAAGUGGAAUGCUACAGUGUCCAGAGGAACCAAUGGGCAUUGGUGGCUCCUGUACCACAUUCCUUUUAUUCAUUUGAACUAAUAGUAGUUCAGAAUUAUCUUUACGCUGUCAACAGUAAGCGCAUGCUCUGCUAUGAUCCUAGCCAUAAUAUGUGGCUGAAUUGUGCAUCUCUCAAACGAAGUGACUUUCAAGAAGCCUGUGUCUUCAAAGAGGAAAUCUAUUGUAUCUGUGACAUCCCAGUCAUGAAGGUCUACAACCCCGCUAGAGGAGAGUGGAGGCGGAUUAGUAAUAUCCCACUGGACUCAGAAACCCACAACUACCAGAUUGUCAAUCAUGACCAAAAGUUGCUGCUCAUCACCUCUAACACCCCACAGUGGAAAAAGAACCGAGUCACAGUAUAUGAGUAUGAUACUAGGGAAGACCAAUGGAUUAAUAUAGGCACCAUGUUAGGCCUUUUGCAGUUUGACUCUGGCUUUAUUUGCCUGUGUGAUCGAGUUUAUCCUUCUUGUCUUGAACCUGGUCAGAGUUUCAUCACUGAGGAAGAUGAUGCAAGGAGUGAGUCUAGCACUGAAUGGGACUUAGAUGGAUUCAGUGAACUGGACUCUGAGUCAGGAAGUUCAAGUUCUUUUUCUGAUGAUGAAGUCUGGGUACAGGUUGCGCCUCAGCGAAAUGCACCAGAUCAGUAGGGUUCUUUGUAAAUAUUUUGAGACAAUAAGAUGUCGUUUCUACUGUAUGGAAUGUAUCUUAAAACGAUACCCCUUUCCCUGAAAAGACAAAGUUGAUUAGGACUGGAGAUUUGGUUUAGAAAGGGUAGCAAUUUGAAAUAGUAAUGCAAUAUGCAAAAUUCAUACAGUCCCUGAAAUCCGCUUAUUUCAAUAAUUUGCUGUGCUAAAAGUCCAUGAUUAAAAUAUGCAUAGUAAACUACAUAAAUUAAUUAAGGUGUUUAGUGGAUUUUGUUUUGCAGUUAAUUAGUAUGUUUAUAUUUUGAUUUUCCUAGUUUUAGUUAAAUUUUGCCUAGAGCUAUGAGGUCUUGUUUAUUACUAGAAAAACUGGACUGAGAAUUGUUGUAUUUUGAAGGUAAUAACAUUUUCCUUCAGAAUAAUGAAAGAUGACAUUUUUAAAAGUAAAUUUUUAGUAUCAGUUAUAGUUUGUUAAAACUCUAGUAUGCUCUCCUUCCUUUCUGCAAAGAAAGAAACAUUAAGGUUAGUAAGUAGUGACUCCAUAUUGAUAAUGUGUUCAGUGGACUUACAAGGUCACAGGAAAUAAAAAAAUCAGGAUUCCACUGUUUCCAAAGAAUUUAAAUUUUUACUUUAAAAUUUAAAAAUAUGUAUUGGUAAAUAUGACCUGUUUCUCACCUUGAAAAGAAACCACUCUAGUAAUGUCAUCAAUUAUUUAAGCACCUUUCUAAACCAAAAAAAAAAGUGAGAGGUAAUUUGCUUUAUAAAUUCACAGUUUGGAUCUGUAUAUGUUAAAUGCUUUGUUGACUCAGAAGAACAACCCUUCACUGGACAUGAUUUAAAUAAUGUACAUUUUUCUUCAUUGGUCAUGCACUGUCUUAAAAAGUUUGCUUCCCUAAAAUAUUUUGGCUAUAUAGUUUUAGUAUUCAUCUUAGAGGCUUUAUCAGCAGAAAGUGAUUUAUUCUUUAAAGUUUUGUGACGUAAUAUUGGUUUUGAAAAUAUGUAUAAGCUAAAGGCAGUAUUUUAUUGAGAUCAGUAGCUAUAGUGUUUAUCAACUCAAGUUAAGUGCCAGCAAAGACCUUUAUAACUUCAAGCUGUGUAUAGAACUGUUCUGUGUAGUCUGGAAAUAUUGUCAGUUUGUUAAGUUACUAGAAAUGUUCUUGAUUUUCAGCUUGAAGAUAUUUUUGUAUUAAAAGUUGACUCUUAACGAAGUUAAGUGGAUGGUGGGUGGUGGCAUUUGGGGCCAGUAGUUAAAGUAUGUUUCUUCAGUUCUUUCCCUAAUCAGUGGUAUACAUGGCCAUUUUAUUAUGGUGUGUCUGUAUCCAGUUUCUAUUUCUCUGUAAGUUAUACUCUAGUUUCUGUCUCAGUCACCAUAUGUAAAGGAAAGUCCAGAAGUAGUAAACUACACAAAGCAGGCAUUAUAACUUUAUAGGUGCUUACCUUUUGAAGGUUUAUUAAUACAUAUGGUUGUCAUAUACAUAUACAUGACAAAUGGUGUACAUGUACAGAUGUUUUAUGCUAUAUAAAGUUUUCUAUACUCUUUCAGAAUUAUCUUCCUCAGUCUUUAUUCAAUACAUUGCAAAUUCCUCUUUAUUCUCUAGUGGCAAAAUGCUGAAGUUUUUACACUCUGGUAGAGGAUAGAGUCUGGUCCAACAUGGGGAAGUGACUUUUUGAAUGAAAAGAAGUGAAAGAUAAAAUGACAAAAGCAAGACAAAUACCACGGAUAAUGUGUUACUCAUUAUUUUGAUUGGCUAGGUGAAGACUGUAAGAUAGUCAGCUCAGCAAUAUUUCUGUUAGAGUUUGCUGAUUUCUGAAGUGUAGUCAGGCUUUCAAGUCUAAAUUCUAUUCCAUUUGUACUGGGGAAUGAUAUAAGAACUAUUUAUUUAGAAAGUUAUUUUUCCCUGUUUGGGGGCCAACUUUUUCUUCCCCACUAACUUCUGUUGAUAGCCUUUUUGUUCUGUAAGGUGGAAAUUUGGCAAUGCUUGUCACACCCAAUUAUUCAUCUGCACAAUUAAGGUCUGCAACUGAUGUAUAAAAGUCAUAUUCUCAAAUUCAUCGUUCUCAACUCUUGAGUUAAAGCUUAGGCUAAAUAUUAGUAAUAUCUUGGCUUACUGUCACAUUUUCUUGGGAAGGAUUUUGAUUUUGUGAAACAUUUGUGAAUUAGAGACUAGAUGCUAUUAUUUUAUAGAUGAUUUGUAUGUUGCUUGUUCCAAAUAAAACUGGGUUUAAACU